GUUCAAAACUAGCGCGAUCUCAUUCCUAUGCAGCCCUGUAUUAUAUGUAUUUUUAGCUAUUAUUGUGAAUUAUUUAGAUCGGAAUUAAGGAUGUGGCUGUGACGUAUGGAAGAUAGAGUCUUAGAAGAUAAGUGUGGAUAAUCUAUCAUCUUGAACUGGGCUGGGCAUAAUGAUAUGGCUAUCCAUUGACCAUUCUUAUUGUUUUCCUUUCAGUGCGUGGCGUGCCUUGAUGGGCUCAAUUUUUCGGUUACUUCAACUUUUCAUUUUUUACAUCACACAUAUUUUCACUUCACAGCCUUACAGUGUACUCUCCACUUUCUGAUGAUAUUUAGGAAAAGGGGCGCUUGUUUCGGAUUGUUGCGAUUCUGCCUACUGCUACCACACACUACUUGUUUGAUUUCCGCAGAUCACAGCAACAUGAGAUGAAAAGGUAUGCAGGCAAGAUGAAUGGAACAUAAUGACUUCAUGGACCAGGAAAGCAAAUCCACUGAUGUGCUGUAUGACCAGAAGGAUUUUUCUGAAUGUGAUGACUUGAAUGAAGUUCGCCAGCUGGUGCAGUUCUCCCGAGUGGAGGUGCGCUCAGAACAUGUGUGGCUGGAGCGGCUCUCGCUGCCCUGUGUGCUGGAGACGGCCCUCGAGACGCUGGCCUCGCUGCCCGACAGCCAGCUGCUGGCGGCUGCCGAAGCUGCCCAGCUGCCGGCAGCGCUCGGCUCUCUGCCGGCAGCAGCGCGGGCCGGGCCCCUGCCGGCUCUGCUGCGCCGUCUGUCGGGGGUCGGGUCGGAGCCCGCCCUGCGGCUGGCAGCAGACAUGUUCUGGGACCUCUACACAGCAGAUGUCGCCCCGGUCGUGGAGCGCUGCCGCUGCCUGCUCGCCUCUCCGGCCCUCCUGGAGCGGCUCACCCUCACCGCCAUCGGCCGGCGCGAGCUGACCCCGCUGGCGCGCCUCGCUGCCGCCAGCGAGCCGCUCUCGGCGCGCCUUUUCCGGCUCGUUCGCGCCGUUUUUGAGUCGAGCGGCGGUUGCGGCGCGGCCGCGGCAUUGGCGGCGCAGCUGGCGUCGGACGUACAGCCGCAGCUGCCGCCGGGACUGCUGCAGGCUCCGGCGGCGUCCCUGGUGCUCUGUGACCGCCGCGCGCCUAGCAGGCUAGAGACUCUGACGCGCCGGAGACGAGGCCCGGCGCACGUGCGGUGGUUGGCGGCGCUCUACCCUGACCAGAUGAGGGCUUUGUGCACAGAGAGGACGCUGUACGGGUGCCCGAGACUGAGGAGGCUGCUGGCGGGGGCGCAGGGCCCCGUGUUGUGACCGCGGUGAUCUGACCCCGGAACGUACGAGAGGACGUACUUUUCAGGGCGUUGAUAAUGAGUUUGAUUUGUAUCGGUCGAGGAUAUGCCAGCGACCAGUGAGUUGGGUGUGACCGAAUUUCUGCCGGCUUGUGCCAUGUGAUAAUUGAUGAUCGAUCGUUCAACGUUGUGGGAUUCAGUCUGUGCCAUGGACGUAUCUCCUUGCCUAAUUGCAUGUAUAGUACUCAAGUGGCAUAUCCUCCGGAUGCUGCCGUGCCUAUUUGUAGAGGUAUAUUUGAUACAAGAAGGGUGGGCCGAGAGCGCACAUAAUCCAGGUGCUCUACUGAGACUGCACUUUACCUCAUCGCCAGUGUGGAACUGGACAGGUAUGUUCUUAUGCUUGUCGUUGUACGAUCUUGUUCACUCGCAUGUUGUAUGCAAUUAUCGUCCUGUUUUAGCAUAGCGUCAUCACAGUUCAUACACCAGUCAUCGACGUGCAUUAGCCAAACAUGCAAUGCAAUAAAUAUUGAACGUUCGUAA